CUCUGCUCUGGAAGCUCAUUAUUCCUCCAGCCCCUCGGUCCGAAAGGGAGGAUUUUUUCAUUCUUUUUUUUUCUCACUCUCCCCCCAGAGUUGAGCUGGCAAUCUCCUCCCUCUUCUACAAACCCGGAGUGUGAGAGACCUUCUAUUUUCUCUCUCUCUCACUCACUCACUCACUCACUCACUCAGAGCUCACAACGCCUCCCCUCCUGUCCUAUCCGUUUUCUCACUGGUUCUUUCAGUUCUCCGCUCCCCCUGUUCCCUCCUCUCCUACGCCGGUCUCCCGGGUUCGCGUUCUCUGCCACUACCUAACCCGAGCGUUUUCCCUCGCUGUGAAUAAUUGAAAAAAAAAAAAAACUUCGGCGGAAAGAUACAAACAAAAAGAAAUUAAAGCAUUCGCGUUGAGAACGAAAGACUCGUGGUCCUGUGCGGAGCCGGUGGGGGCGUGGCCUGAGUGUCGGACGGUGCGUGCAGCGCGGCAGGAGCGGUGCGGGGGCACGGAGCGGCGCGGCGAGCGACGGCCAUGGCGCAGAGCGACGGCGGGAACCCGAGGCCUCGCGGGCCGUUCCAGCGGCUGAGGCGGGACGUCCAGCUGCGCACGCAGAGGGUCCGCAAGGCCGCGGAGAGCGUCACCAGGGACGACGUCAAGGGCUUCCUGCGACGGAACGGCUUCGUCCUCUUCACCAUCGCCGCCGUCAUCAUCGGAAUUCUGUUGGGUUUCGCCCUGCGGCCUUACAAGAUGUCGUACCGUGAGGUGAAGUACUUCUCCUUCCCUGGGGAGCUGCUCAUGCGUAUGCUGCAGAUGCUGGUGCUCCCCCUGCUGGUCUCCAGUCUCAUUACAGGCAUGGCGGCUCUGGACAGCCGGGCGUCGGGGAAGAUGGGCAUGCGGGCGGUGGUGUACUACAUGACCACCACGGUCAUCGCCGUCUUCAUCGGCAUCAUCAUGGUGCUGAUCAUCCACCCGGGCAAGGGCUCCAAGGACGAGUUCAAACAGCAGCAGAAGAUCGAGCAAGUCAGCCCGGCCGACGCCUUCCUGGACCUCAUCAGAAACAUGUUCCCUCCCAACCUGGUGCAAGCCUGCACACAGCAGUUCAAGACGCAGUACGGCAAGCGGGUGGUGCUGGUGACGGUGACGGUGAACGACACGAUCUUCAACCUGACCAACAGCACGCAGGAGAUCUCCCGGGAGGAGGUGAUCCCCAUCCCCGGCGCGGUCAACGGGGUCAACGCGCUGGGCCUGGUGGUCUUCUCCAUGUGCUUCGGCCUCAUCAUCGGCAGCAUGAAGGAGGAGGGCCAGCCGCUCCGGGACUUCUUCGACUGCCUCAACGAGGCCAUCAUGAGGCUGGUGGCCAUCAUCAUGUGGUAUGCUCCCAUUGGUAUCUUGUUCCUGAUCGCGGGGAAGAUCGUGGAGAUGGAUGACAUCACGUCGAUGGGCGGGCAGCUGGCCAUGUACACCAUCACGGUCAUCAUCGGCCUGUUCAUCCACGCCACCUUCGUGCUGCCCACGCUCUACUUCGUCAUCACGAGGAAGAACCCCUUCAUCUUCAUCGCCGGACUGCUACAGGCGCUCAUCACUGCCUUGGGCACGUCGUCCAGCUCAGCCACUCUGCCAAUCACCUUUAAGUGUCUGGAGGAGAACAACAAGGUGGACAAGCGGGUGACGCGUUUCGUGCUGCCCGUGGGCGCCACCAUCAACAUGGACGGCACGGCGCUGUACGAAGCCCUGGCGGCCAUCUUUAUCGCCCAGGUCAACAACAUGGACAUGAACUUCGGCCAGAUCAUCACCAUCAGCAUCACAGCCACCGCCGCCAGCAUCGGUGCUGCCGGGAUACCACAGGCCGGCCUGGUCACCAUGGUGAUCGUGCUGACCUCCGUCGGACUGCCCACCGAUGACAUCACCCUCAUCAUCGCGGUGGAUUGGUUCCUGGACCGCCUGCGCACCACCACCAACGUGCUGGGGGACUCCAUCGGGGCAGGGAUCAUAGAGUACCUGUCCCGGCAUGAGCUCCAGACCAAGGACGCGGAGAUGGGCAACUCGGUGGUGGAGGAGAAGGAGAUGAAGAAGCCCUACCAGCUCAUCACCCAGGAGAACGACAUUUGUCAGUAAACUGAGCCUUCAAACAAGUGCAACAUAAAAUUGGAAGAUCGUGAUAGAUUAUUCUUUUAUUUUUUAUUAUUAUUAUUUUGCUAACAGAUAAUGCAGUGUAUAGGGAAUUGUGUUGACAAUGUUUAUAUAGAGAAUUUGUAGAUAUUUGUGUAAAUUAACUGUAGAGUAUAUGGAUAAUUGUUUACUUGAGAACGUCUGCUGUAAGUUUGCUGCGGGAAAAAGCGAAGAAAAAAAGAAGUUAAUCUCACUCGUGAACUGGACAAGAUGCCCAUCCUAAGUAUUGGUUGACAAAAACCAAACAUUAGCACAACAUUUUAUGAUUGUUUAAGAACUAACUCUGAUGGAGACUGUGAUUUCUCCCCUUUGUUGUUUUUAUUGUUUUUUUGCGUGAUUCUGGUGGUGUGGUCAGUAUGUGAAGGAAGCACAUGACAUUUGGUAUACGAAUAAACACAUACAAACACACAAAACAAAUAGAUAAUGUAUAGAGCUAGAUUUGUCUGGUAAAUAUAGUUUUAAAUAAAAAAAAAAUCAAAUGGAAAAAAAUAAAA